CCUGAGGCCGUGCCCAUCCACCCAGACCGCACCGCUCCCCCUGCUCGGGUUGGAUCCCCGAGUUUGGGGUCCUGAGGGAGCAGUGGACUCGGGCCGGGGGGCUGCGCUCGCCAGGAGCCAGAUGAAGCCAAUGCAGAAGCUAUUGCAGCUGCCGGUGAGUGCUGUGAACAUAGUGAGGCAGCAGCAGCAACAGCAGCAGGAGGCGGCGGGGACAUUAGAGGAGGCCAAAAGUCCUGUGCUAACGCCCGAAGGGGCCCCCCAGGCCUGGUACCAGGCCCUGCAGGCCGACGAGCUGCGGCUUCUAAAGUCCCCCGAGCAGCAGGUUGCCCCGAACCACGGUGCCAACGGGAGCCAGAACCAGCCACUACGACAUGAUGACCUGAAGGAAAUGUUGGAUAGCAAUAAGGAUUCCCUGAAGCUGGAGGCCAUGAAGCGGAUCGUGGCGAUGAUUGCCCGAGGCAAGAACGCCUCAGAUCUCUUCCCCGCCGUGGUCAAGAAUGUGGCCUGCAAAAACAUAGAGGUCAAGAAGCUGGUGUAUGUUUACCUGGUGCGCUACGCAGAGGAGCAACAGGACUUGGCUCUGCUGUCCAUCUCCACCUUCCAGCGUGGCCUGAAGGAUCCCAACCAACUGAUCCGCGCCAGCGCCUUGCGGGUCUUGUCCAGCAUCCGCGUACCCAUCAUCGUGCCCAUCAUGAUGCUGGCAAUAAAGGAGGCGGCCUCAGACAUGUCCCCCUACGUUCGCAAGACGGCAGCUCAUGCCAUCCCCAAACUCUACAGUUUGGACUCGGACCAGAAGGACCAGCUGAUCGAGGUCAUUGAGAAGCUCCUGGCAGACAAAACCACGCUGGUGGCGGGCAGCGUGGUGAUGGCGUUUGAGGAGGUCUGCCCCGAGCGCAUCGACCUGAUCCACAAGAACUACCGCAAACUCUGCAACCUGCUGGUGGACGUGGAGGAGUGGGGUCAGGUGGUCAUCAUCAACAUGCUCACCCGCUACGCCCGCACCCAGUUCCUCAGCCCCAACCAGAACGAGUCCCUGCUGGAGGAGAACCCCGAGAAGGCCUUCUACGGCUCCGACGACGAAGAACCCAAGGAGGCCGAGGCCGAGACGGUGGCCCUGGCCCGGAGGAAGCCUUACGCCAUGGACCCCGACCACCGGCUCCUCUUGCGUAACACCAAACCCCUGCUCCAGAGCCGCAACGCCGCCGUGGUCAUGGCCGUGGCCCAGCUCUACUUCCAUCUGGCCCCCAAGGCCGAGGUCGGAGUCAUCGCCAAGGCCCUGGUGCGCCUGCUCAGGAGUCACAGUGAGGUGCAGUACGUGGUGCUGCAGAAUGUGGCCACGAUGUCCAUCAAGCGUCGGGGCAUGUUUGAGCCCUACCUGAAGAGUUUCUACAUCAGAUCCACGGACCCCACACAGAUCAAGAUUUUGAAGCUGGAGGUGCUGACCAACUUGGCCAACGAGACCAACAUCUCCACUAUCCUCCGGGAGUUCCAGACCUACAUUCGCAGCAUGGACAAGGACUUCGUGGCGGCCACGAUACAAGCCAUCGGGCGCUGCGCCACCAACAUCGGCAAAGUGCGGGACACCUGCCUCAAUGGCCUGGUGCAGCUGCUGUCCAACCGGGAUGAGCUGGUGGUGGCUGAGUCGGUGGUGGUCAUCAAAAAGUUGCUGCAGAUGCAGCCAUCCCAGCACAGUGAAAUCAUCAAGCACAUGGCCAAGCUGACAGACAACAUUCAGGUGCCCAUGGCCCGAGCCAGCAUCCUGUGGCUAAUUGGUGAGUACUGUGAGCAUGUGCCCAAGAUCGCGCCCGAUGUCCUGCGGACGAUGGCCAAGUCCUUCACCGGCGAGGAGGACAUCGUCAAGCUGCAGGUUAUCAACCUGGCUGCCAAGCUGUACCUGACCAACUCCAAGCAGAGCAAGCUGCUAACCCAGUAUGUGCUGAACCUGGCCAAGUACGACCAGAACUAUGACAUCCGGGACCGCGCCCGCUUCAUCCGCCAGCUCAUCGUGCCCACCGAAAAGAGCGGUGCCCUCAGCAAAUAUGCCAAGAAGCUAUUUCUGGCCCAGAAGCCAGCCCCUAUCCUGGAGUCAUCCUUCAAAGACCGUGAUCACUUCCAGCUGGGCUCCCUCUCUCACCUCCUCAACGCCAAGGCCGCAGGCUACCAGGAGCUUCCCAAUUGGCCUGACGAGGCCCCAGAUCCUUCCGUGCGCAAUGUGGAGGUUCCCGAAUGGACCAAGUGCACCAGCCGGGAGAAGAGGAAAGAGAAAGUAGAGAAGCCGUUCUACUCUGAUUCAGAGGGCGAGUCCGGUCCCACGGAAUCCGCAGACAGCGAGCCAGAGUCUGUAAGCGAGUCGGAAAGUGAGAGCGAAAGCAGCAGUGAGAGUGGCUCUGGGUCGGACAGCGAAGAGGAGGAAGAGGAGGAAGAGAGCGGAGACCAAUCGGAUGGGAAGGAGGAGGAGAAGAAGAAAAAGGGAAAGGGAAUGGGCCGGAAGGCUUUGGAGGAGAGCGAGGAGAGUGACCAGAGUGAGGACGAGGAGGAGAAGAAGGUGAAGAGGAAGAAAAAGAAACCACACCAGGAGAAAGAGUCCGAGUCCUCGGAGGAGGAGGAGGAGGAAGAGGGCAGUGCCUCAGACAGCAGCUCAUCCAAGUCCGAAUCUGAGUCUGAGGAGUCCCAGUCUGAGCCCGAGACUCACAGGAAGAAGACGCCCCCCAGCAGCAAACUGCCCCCCAAAGCCACCAAGAAGGGACCCAAGGAAAUCUCCCUGCUGGACCUGGAUGACUUCACUCCUCCCUGCGUCCAAUCCAUCCCAACCCCCCAAGUUGUGUCCACCAGCCUGGUCACCGACCUGGAGGGGCUGACUCUGACUGACAGCACGCUGGCUCCAACGCUGCUCAGCCCCGGGCUCAGCGCGGGGAAGACUUACGAGCUACUGCACCGCAUGACAGGGGAGGGCCUGUCGGUGGAGUACUUCUUCAGCCGGCAGCCCUUCCCCACUGACCCCCACAUGUUGGCCGUGCACAUCCAGUUCUCCAACAACACGGAUGCCGAAGUGAAGAGCCUGCGCGUACACGAGCCCAAGCUGCAGUCCGGCAUGCGUAUCCAGGAGUUCCCAGAAAUCGAAUCCCUGGCAUCUGGGGAUACUCUCACAGCUAUCAUGGGCAUCGACUUUUGCGACUCCACCCAGGCGGCUAACUUCCAGCUGUGCACCCACACCCGCCAGUUCUACGUCUCCAUCCAGCCACCGGUGGGAGAGUUGAUGGCCCCCGUAUUCAUGAGUGAAAAUGAGUUCAAGAAGGAGCAAGGAAAGCUUACCGGGAUGAGCGAGAUCACGGAGAAACUGACCCUACCCGAAAAAUGCCGGAAUGACCAUGCUGUGGUACAGAGAGUGACUUCUGCUGCUAAUGUGAGCCGGGUGCCCUGUGGGGCAGACAAGGAAUACAGGUUUGCCGCAAAGACAGUUACUAGUGGGAGCCUGGUCCUGAUCACCCUGGAUAUCAAGGAGGGUGGGGCGGCCCAGCUGACGGUCAACAGCGAGAAGAUGGUGAUCGGUACCAUGUUGGUGAAGGAUGUCAUCCAGGCCCUGACCCAAUGACUGCCCCUCCAUUCCCCGACCCCCAAACCCGCGACCUCCCCGGCUCCUCUUCCUGUUUCCCUCUCCCUCACUGACAGCAGGACCAGGGUCUCAACUUGUCCACUCUGCAACCUGGGUCCCUGAGGAGAGCGCUCAGCAACUGCUCUCUGCCCUAUUUACUGUCAUCAAUCCAUUUACCAAUCAAUCAAUCAAGGUUAUUUAUUGAAGACUUACUGUGUGCGGAGCACUGAACUAAGCACUAGGGAGAGUACAAUACAACACGGUUGGGGGACAUGUUCCCUACUCAAGGAUCUUACAGUCUGCAGGACUACCAAGUCUACCAACUUCAGAGACAUGUCUGACUGCCUUGUCUGGGUCACCUGAUGCCCAUCCCCUCCCCUGAGAGGGGGUCUGCUUCAUUCACUCACUCAAUCAUAUUUAUUGAGCACUUACUGUGUGCAAAGCACUGUAGGAAGCGCUUGGGAGAGUACAAUACAACAACAAACAGACACAUCCCCUGCCCACAAUGAGAUUACAGUCACUCCCAUCCCCACAGCCACCUCCCACUGCCCCCCUGCACCUACUUCUCACCUGUUGGGGGUGCCUAGGAUCAGGCCAGGAGGGACGGGAGACUGGCCGGGAGGUGGGAGAGGAGAAAAGUGGGUGUAUCCCUUCUGGAAAACCCUCCCUGCCUGGGGCUUAGAGCAUAGGCCAAGAGAAGGCCCUGGGGGAAUCCAUUUUCACCUCCACCUAGGCCCAACACUGCUCAGUCACUGUGCCGUCUUGAUGUGCUGGCUUCUAUCUAGCUCUAUUAUAGCCAGAACCACUCAAUAAAAAUCUGCCGCAUCCCA